GCCCGUACAGCCCAUGCGGCGUCACUUCCUCCGCCCCUGUUUCAAGGGAUAAGAAACCCUGCGCCGAGGCUUCCUCCUUUCCCAGGCGGCUGCCGAAGAUGGCGGAGGGGCAGGUCCUGGUGCUCGAUGGCCGAGGCCAUCUCCUGGGCCGCCUGGCGGCCAUUGUGGCCAAACAGGUGCUUCUGGGCCGGAAGGUUGUAGUCGUGCGCUGUGAAGGCAUCAACAUUUCUGGCAAUUUCUACAGAAACAAGUUGAAGUACCUGGCCUUCCUCCGCAAGCGGAUGAACACCAACCCAUCCCGUGGCCCCUAUCACUUCCGGGCACCCAGCCGUAUCUUUUGGCGGACAGUUAGAGGCAUGCUGCCCCACAAGACCAAGCGAGGCCAGGCUGCCCUGGACCGCCUCAAGGUGUUUGAUGGGAUCCCACCACCCUAUGACAAGAAAAAGCGAAUGGUGGUUCCAGCUGCCCUCAAGGUGGUACGCCUGAAGCCUACACGAAAGUUUGCUUACCUGGGGCGCCUGGCUCACGAAGUUGGCUGGAAGUACCAGGCAGUAACAGCCACCCUGGAGGAGAAGAGGAAGGAAAAGGCCAAGAUCCAUUAUCGGAAGAAGAAACAGCUUAUGAGGCUACGGAAACAGGCCGAAAAGAAUGUGGAGAAGAAAAUUGACAAAUACACAGAGGUCCUCAAGACCCAUGGACUCCUGGUCUGAGCCCAAUAAAAUUGACUUAUUCAUCAUGCUUGGCCUGGCCUGCCCUUCCUCCAUCGCCGCCCUAGGAUAUGGGGGACUCCCAGGGGCUGCUGCCCUCAUGCCUCAGGCAACCUGGGGCUUACAGUACUGGGAACACAAGGCUUUAGUCACUACUGUUAAGAAAGGUCUUCUAAAAAGUUAAAAAAAAAAAUUCUUAAGAGUUCUGAGGCAUAAGUGCCUGUGACUCAUUCCUGAGAGUUAUUAGUGCCAUUUCACUGUAAGCAAGAAAGACCUGGAAAAUGGAGGGGAGCCCUUCGUUGAGAAUGGGGUGUAUUUAAACUUGUCAUGCACAGUCAGGCGCUAUACUCUGUAGCUGUUAGGGUGUGAGGAUGCUGGGGGCCAAGCCUGGUGUACAGAGGUAGUUCCAGAUCUGUAGAUGGGGAACAGCCAAGGGGUCACAGGCUCUACCCUUGUGCUAUCCCUGUAAUUCUGUGAUCCAAACCUAAUAAAUUAUUUUUAAAGAAA